AGAAGCCUGGUAACGAGAAACCACAGAAAUUUUCAUUCAACGUUGGAUGAAAAAUUUACUUUAUUAUUUUAUACUUAAUCUUUCUUUAUCUGUGGUCAUUGAUGUUAUAAUGCUUAUAGGAAUAGAGUAGGAUCGUUUUUUAUUGGUUUUGACUUAUCAUGGCGUAUAAAGGACUGAGCUCAGAGAAAUUUGAAGAUUUGGGUGAAGAGCUUGACGUGUUAUGUUCGGAAAUUCAGUCUGGUAUUGAUAAAAUACAGAGACUAGAUGGCGAACUUAAAAAGCAAAAAAUUCGUGAAGUACAAAAGCAAAUAGAGGAUUCCAAGAUAAUUUUGGAAGAAAUGGAAGAAGAGAUUUUGAUUGCUCCGGGGGAAUUUCGUAAUAAGAUGAACACAACAGUUCGAAAUAAGUCAAGAGUAUUGGAAAAGCUGAAACGAGAUAUGAAUAAAAUGACAAACAGUUCUCAAACAUCUUCAGCUAGAGAUGAUUUAUUUUCAACAGGACCAAAACAGUUUGAUCCAAAUGCUAGUCAAAGAAACAAACUCCUACAAGGAACAGAUAUCCUAAACAGGACCUCGGACAGUGUUGCAAGAUCACAGCAAAUUGCAGCAGAAUCUGAACAAAUUGGUGUUGAAAUCAUAGAUGAUUUGGAUAAUCAAAGGGAAUCUUUACUGCGAACUCGAGAUAGGUUGCGGGAAACUGACGAAGACUUGGGUAAAAGCAGAAAAAUCUUAAAACGCAUGGCUUUGAGGGUGGCAACAAAUAAGUUGAUCAUGGGUUUGAUAAUUUUUGUUGAAUUGGUAAUUGUUGGUGCAGUUGUUUACAUUCGAUUUAUAAAGUAACAGCUCUUUAUAGAGAAAAUAUGAAAAAAGGGAAAGUUAGAAUUCUAACUAAGGAAUCUGGAAUAAUCUCAAUUUGAAACAAAUUUGUUGAAACAUCAAGCAAAAAGAGAAUGGAGAUCGUUAAAAUUUUCUGCUUGUGUUGUCAUAAAUUUAAUUUAUAAUAGUUGUCAAGUCAAAGAUAGAAUUUUUCACAAAUUAUCCAAAUCUUUAAUCACCCUGAACUAAAAUGUUUUGACCUACAAGCGAUCACUCUAAGCAUUUUUUCUGUCAACUGUAUUUUACUUAGCCAUUGUAAUACAUUUCACUCCUGCUG